CUAUACGAAGCUAUAGUAAAAUGCAACGUAUAUUUGCAUAUGUUUAAAAGUAGAACGGAUUAAAAGAAUCAAUGACAGAAUCUUGAACAAAUUGCUCAAUAAUGUCUAUCGCUUCAAGGUCAUUAUCUAAUGUGGUGGUCACUGGUGGUCCUCCCACAAUCCCCGAGCGGGCACGGCGCGAGUGGGGUGACGCGGCCGCCACCGUCACUCGCUCAGUCGUCGCGUUGCCGUGAACUUGGCCUGAUCUGGUCUGUCACACUGGCCCCGAGGCCUUAUCGGAGGCGCCGCCCACGGCCUAUAAUAGCUGGGCCGGCGUCUCCCCCUGACUAUAGAGUGGGCUGUGACUCCGUCAGACAUGUUUCGCGUCCUCUGCUUCCUCGCGGCAGUCGCCGCAGCCACCGCCUGCAGGCCCUGCACUUGUGGUGUAGCUAGAGGAGCUCGUGUCGUGGGUGGUGAGAGAGUGACUCCUGGAGAGUUCCCUUGGCUAGCUGCCCUGAAGAGAGACGGGAAAGUCAUUUGUGGAGCCACCAUAGUUGCUAGAGAUCAUCUUAUCACUGCCACUCACUGCGUUCAUGGGAUUGAAGCUUCACGACUGUCGGUACUCGUUGGUGAAUAUGAUGUGAACAACUCGAGAUCUGACGGCUACGAGGUGAUCCACGUGGUCCAGCACCCUGAUUUUAACAGAUACACCUAUGACUAUGACAUUGCUGUUCUAAGACUAGCUGAUCCGUUACCAGAUAGUCUGUUCAGACCUGCAUGUCUACCCGAUGCUGAAGACAUAGAUGGUCUUGAAGGCGAAGAAGCUAUAGUGACAGGUUGGGGCAGCACUGUUGAAAAGGGGCCAGCUUCCAACGUACCGAUGAAAGCUGCCGUGCAGAUUUGGGCCCAAGAAGAGUGUUCAGGCGCAGGUUACGGUCGCAGGAAGGUGACACCGCGCAUGUUGUGUGCAAAUGCCCCUGACAGAGAUGCGUGCACCGGCGACUCUGGUGGACCAUUAUUGGUCUCCCAACCUUAUUUCACAUUAGUUGGUAUUGUGUCGUGGGGUAGAGGGUGUGCCAGGCCCGGAUAUCCUGGUGUGUACGCUAGAGUUGGACGUUUCCUGCCUUGGCUUCGAGUGGCGCUACGUCAUGCCUGUACCUGCCAACCUCCAGCUUAUGGCUGAAACUUGUUACAGACUGACAUUGGCGAGAAAAUUUUAAUAGUAACCAGUGAACAUGGCCAGUUUAUUACUACUAUGGACUAAGAUACUUUGAUAAAAUGGUUAAGAAAAGAUGCACAAAAGACGUGUCUCACACGUCUUUGUACAGUGAAAAAACUUUGAAUAAGUGGUCAUUUUAAAUUAUUCACCGUUCAACUAACAGUCUUUUAGCGUCCAUGCCUUGCAUGUCAUAUAAUAGAAGAUGAACACUUAGUACGAAUUUACACAAAAGAAAUGUACUUAGGUACCUACGAAGUACGUACCUUUGAAAUGGAGGCCGCCUAAACAUAACUGUAAAUAAUAAGAAAAAAGGUUAUAGUCUAUAGGUGCUUGUAGUUUUUGUAACUUUGUAUAAAUCAGCAUAAGCCUAUCUAGGUCUACGUUUGUCUCGAUGUAAAUGUUGUGGAUGACUAUGUAGCUAUUUCUUUACUGGGCUUAUGCACGUGUCAGUAUUAAAUUUGUAUAAAAUCUAUCCGUAUUUUAGAGUAGAUUAACCCUAAUGGCUGUGAUUACCUUAAGAUUCUAUGUAUUGUAGCUAAUUUAUAUACCUAUAACAAAAAUGUUAA